UCCUUCAUAAUGAGCCAAGAAAACAAGAAGCCAUUACUAUCUGCUGCAGGUAACGCUUCGUGCUCUAAACAUGAAGAAGAAGAAGAGCAUAAUAAUGUCAUCAAUGCCCAAAUGGUCCCUUUCGUAGCUUCUUCGUCUGCCAUGGAGGUAAUUGAAACCCACAAGCCAUACUGUUGUAAUCGAUAUAAUGAUGUUAAGUACAUGGAGUGCCUGAAGAACCAUGCAGCCGCCAUGGGUGGCACCGCCACCGACGGCUGCGGCGAGUUUAUGCCGGCUGGCGAAGACGGCAGCCUUGAAGCCCUCAAAUGCUCCGCCUGUCAAUGCCAUCGGAAUUUCCACCGGAAACUCAUCAUAAAAGGAUGCCCAUGGGCGAGCUGCAGUUUCACAUUUCCUUGUUCACAAAACAAAGGCGCAACGCCGCCGUUGGCGUACAACAAUAAUAAUAAUACGUCAAGCGGCGGCGGCGGCGGCGUUUCAGAUUGGGAGGCGGAGAAAGAAGAUGCGGCGGCGGCGGAGGAGGAGGGUUUAGAGAGGAAAAAGAGAUUCAGGACGAAGUUCAGUGGGGAGCAAAAGGAGAAAAUGGUGGCGUUUGCAGAGAGAGUAGGGUGGAAGAUUCAGAAUGCUGAGAGCUCUGUAGUGCACCACUUCUGUCAAGAAAUUGGGGUGAAGAGGAGAGUCCUUAAGGUUUGGAUGCACAAUAACAAAAACAACUUUGCUGCCCAGGCCAGGCCAACAAAUUAAACUAACUACCCCCAUCCUAGAUUCAACCAC